GUGACUUAAUGUUCGAGUAGUGAACAAACACCGAAGGCACGUCCCUUGCCGAUUAGAUCGACCCAUUUUGCGUUGCCAUAUAAAAUGAAUGUAUCCGAACCAAAAGUCAGUAUUCGACUAGAGAUUCUUGUAGAUCGAACACAAUGAACGGUUUAUUAAGAAUCGUAUCGGUGCUAGCCGUAAUGGCAAGUGUUUCCUUCGCUUACCCCCAAAUGGACACAGGAGUUAUACAGCGAAUGUCAAGAAAUUUGUCUUAUAGGCCGGAUACGCCUGCGAUUGAACCUGAAAGUCCUCAACCGGAAGUUUCCAAUCCAGAAUUUUCGGAGCCGGAGCCGGAUACUGAAAUCUCGGAACCAGAAGUAGGGCAACCAGAUGUUGCGGAACCGGUCAUGCCUAUUAUUCGCGAUCCGAUAGCCCCGCGUGAAGAACCUUCUGCACCAACAUUCGUUCAGAUGGCUGCAGAGACACCCGAAGAACCUUUAGCGGACAAAUCUUUCGCUGCGGAAGAACAACCCGGUGAGAUAAAAGAAAUCAAAACCGUUGCCAGCCCGGAAUAUCCGGAGUCCCCGGUUCCAGAAACGUUCGAAUCUGAGGCUGCGCCUAUUGAAUCUGCCAAACCGAUAGAGAGCCAAGAUUCCGAAAUUAUACUGGAACAUGCGGAACCAAUUUCUGCUUCGCAUUAUGCUCCGAUCCAUGCUUCUGAACCUGAACAAUCUCCUUUGGCAUCAUGCAGCAGGGCAGAACUUAAAGAGCGAGUUGAAGCUAUUAUGCGCCAGCUUAGUGAACUAAAAGAAUUAUGCGCUGAGUAAAAUAGUAUACACGAAUCUGUAAUGUAUUCAUUUCCAAGAA